CUGAUACGGCAAAUUUGACCGGUGACGAUAGUGAUGAUAUAAAUAUAGAAGUACCGUCCUUGUUUGAUAACGUUACUCCUCAGAGAAACGACAAUUGUGAACAAGCUGAAUUCAAUCCAAAUCUGAUAGGAUUUGCAUUGGGAGACUCUUUAACCACUCACAAAGCAUCGCAGUUGAAUAUUGCUGAAUCCGGUGCUGAAUCCGCGGAUAUAAUAUACAUGGCGGAGAUGUUAGUCAAGAGGAUAAAAAACGAUCCGCGGAUAAAUGUGCAGAAACAUUGGAAGUUAAUCUCGUUGAUGAUCGGAGCCAAUGACUUUUGUAAUGAAAUGUGUUGGACUUCACCACCUUGGUCAAUUCUUGAAAAUCACAAGGCUGAUCUACUUCAGACUUUGCGGAUAUUAAAAGAUAAUUUGCCGCGGACUUUUGUAGCACUGAUUCCGCCGCCACAUUUAAAGAACUUGGUCGAUACUCGUAAAGGAAGAUCAUCAUUCAAAUGUUUUAUUACAACGGAUAUUGAGUGUUCUUGUAUGUUUGGUUUCGUAUUUCAACGUUAUAAAUCAAUGUAUUACGAUAUUAUGCGACAAUGGCAAAUGUUAGAUAUGGAAAUCGCUGAUUAUUCCGAAUUCCAAAGAGAUGAUUUUAUAGUUGUAGCCCAACCUAUCUUAUUGGAUGUAACUGUACCACUUACUUCAGACGGAUAUACUGACAUGACAUAUUUGAGCAGCGAUUGCUUUCACAUUAGUCAAAAAGCCAAUGCUCGUUUUGCAAACGGUUUAUGGAACAAUUUAUUGGAAACAGUGGGUACUAAAUCGACAACAUGGCACGAACUUUUUCAUAAAUUUCUCUGUCCAACGCUGGAGAGACCCUAUUUAACUACAAAAUUAAAUUCAAUGCAAUAA